AUGGUAGCCAAUCAUGUUGAAGCACGUCAGCAGCCUACAGAGAUUCCAAAACAGGUUGAGGAGGAGCAAACCAAGGGAAAACCCCUAGGAGGAAGUGGUAAUGAUCAAAGUGAAGGAAAGGUGAUGGAGCAGUCCUCAGGAAAGGCAAAGAUGGAUGAGUUGGGUGAGAUGAAGAAUUUGCCACCACUUCCUAAUAUUCCCAUUCCACCCCAAUUCCCAUUGCCGCCCCAAAUUCCUGGCUUUCCAAUUCCACAAUUCCCGUUUCCACCCCAAAUUCCUGGCCUUCCAAUUCCGCAAUUCCCCUUCCCACCCCCAUUUGAGAUUCCUAAUGCCCCUCCAUUCCCAUCAAUUCCCAAUUUCCCAUUCCCUCCUUUUAAUAUUCCUAAUAUCCCCCUCUUUUCACCUCCUCCUGCUUAA